AUGGAUAGACAUGACAUUUUGCACCCUUCGCUGAGGCAACCAUCGGGGGCCUCUUCAGCAACCUGCGAAGAAGAUUACAUCGACCACAUAGUCCCCUCUUCUCCUCCUAAAUCCCCUCUUUUACCCCCAAGCUCUGAGACGGCCGCUUUUCAACACUUUGCCGGCAGGCAGCCCUCUGCAACGGCUAGCAAUCUCAAAAUACGAGAGAAGCAGGCUUUUCUAGCCAAGGGAAACCCUUUUUCAUCGACCGAAGACCGAAGACCCCAUCGUCGCCGCGAUGCGAUAUUUCUGUCUGCGUGGUGGGCAGAGAUUCUCUUACUUCUGAUAGCCAUAUGUGCUUUGAUUGCUAUUGCCAUCGCGCUGUCAAAAUACAAUGCGCAAGAGCAGCCGGCUUGGAAGUAUAGCCUUAAUCUUAGUACUUUGAUUGCUAUUCUGUCUACAUUGCUCCGGGCCUCGAUGGUUGCUGUUGUGGAAGAAGGAUGUCUUGUAAUCAUACUUUCCUUUGCUAUUGGCCCCUUCACUCAGCAGGCUAUCAAGACUGUGGCUUGUAAUAAGCCUCUUACACCGUUGAACUCAUCCAUACAAAUCGCUAGGAUAGUGUCUAGAGACAAUAUUCCUCGCUUUACACCCGGACAUUACGACUUAGACCUAGAAACCAGUGCUGCCAUAUUGGACGGACUGGCUAAUCCACAUGGUAACCGCUCUGCACUUUCAGCAGCCUGCAUGUCUGGUAAUUGUACUUUCGCAUCGUACGCUGGCGUUACACAUUCGUCUAGUGGGCUUUGCAAAAAGUGUAUUGAUGUCUCUGGCGAGAUCCACGAGGUAGUGAGCCCCGCCUUAUUCCAAGCCUCGAACGGAACGCUGGUCUCAAGUCCAAACCAAUCAGACUACAACUUCUGGUUGAAUAGGCAGAGCAUCGGUGGGUGGGAUACCGAUGAUGGAGGGCGUGACGUUUCCGGCGUGCCCCAGGCCUUUUUCAACAUGACGCCAGGGGAUUUCGAAUGGGCUGCUUCAUUAACCAAUACACCCUUUCAAGAUCCAUCCUUCAUUACGGCAUCGAACGUUGCAAUACUCAAUAUCACCCUCCUUACGUUCACACUUAAUGGCUGCCAAGUCGUCAACGUCACCGACGGUUACGGAUACAGUUACAAUAUCACCUGUCCACAUUCGAAGCUGGACCCCAAAAAAUUCGAUGCUGACUUCGCUACAACCUCUGCGUUUGAUGCUAUCGACAUGGCCGCCGUGGCUUGUACAUUUUAUCCCUGCGUCAAGAAUUAUCGUGGCGCCGUCAAUAAUGGCAUCCUGAGCGAAACCAUUGUCAGCGAGACACAUGCUUCGCUUAAAGCGUAUGCGCCUGAUCUCGCCCCGGAUUUUCUUCAAUUCAACUCGCCGUGCGUAGUCGACGGCCAGCUCUACACACACGAUAAUAUUUCUUCAUUCCCGGCAGGCAACCACACCUUCAACACCACCCUAAUAGACGGGAAGAAUGUCACGGUGCCCAAUGAGUGUUUUUUCAAGAUCGAUGGUAUCUACAUCAAUGCCUUAGCGGAGUUCAUGUUCAAUGUCUUCACCGGCGACUGCUCCAUGCCUCUUACCAGCUAUUACGAUGAACAUUCCCCUCCGGACCGGUGGAGCUGGAUUUGGUGUGAUGAUAAGUGGUGGCUAAAGAGUCUAUUCAACAAAGGCAACGCCUCCUUCGUAAGCAUCGAUGCAAACCUGGAAUCCGUCACGACUGCUAUCACCAACGAAAUGCGCAAGCAGGGAACAGAUUGGAACGGUGAUCCAGCCGUGGUAGAAGGCAUAGUCCUUCGAGAAACAAUCUGCAUACAGUUUGACUGGACCUGGCUGGCGUUCCCAGUCGCACUGCUUCUCCUGACCGCCCUUCUCUUGAUUACCAUGGCUUUCAAAACGAUGCUAGAUAAGCAACAAGUGCCGAUAUGGAAGUCUUCGAUCCUACCACUCUUGUUUUCUGGAAAUGGAUUCGCUGGCGACAGCAGAGACCGGAUGGCGGCGUCAGGCAAUCUUAAUCAUAUUGAAAAUGAAGUGGAUAAGAUGAUUGUUAGUCUUGCUCAUGAUGGCAAUGGGUGGGAGUUUGUUAGUAAGAGGUCAAAUAAUGUUAGUGCCGAGGGAGAAGGGGCUACGUGAGGUCGACGUUACAGCUGUGAAGACUGCAAACGAUAGAGCACUCGAAUCUAUGCUUGUAGAACUGGCAGAGCACGGAGUAGAAAUAGUAGUAUGUAUAUCAAUAGGACAGGGUAUCUUUCUUCGACG